AUGGUAGCUGAAAAUAAGAAAAAUAAAACUAAACUACAGCGCAACGUUAUAGAAAAUGUUACAAUUCAUUUUGAUGAUUCAAAAGUGUACCCUGUUUGGGAGAGCGUGGAAAUAAGACUCACAGCAGACAUAAAUACAAGCAAUGUCGAUGAUUAUGCUGAAUCAGUUCAGUACUUUAAUUUUUAUUUCAUUCUUGAUUUUGGGGACAAAAGCAACUACAGGCAUACAUCAGGGUCAUUUCAGAGCAAAUUCUCGGACUAUUUUACAUCACAUUCACUUUCACACUCAUACACAGCUCCUGGAACUUACAACGUCACUGGUAUGUCCUGGAACACAAUGUAUACCCAAACGUAUCAUAAAAUCAUAAGGGUUGAAUACCCAAUUCCUAGUGGAAGUUUGUCCAUUAACCCUUCGACCGAAUACAUACCGGUACCUGAUGGGAAAACUGACCUGACUUUACAUUACUCAUCAACAAGUCCAAACCCCACAAACGUCAGAUGCAUUUUCCAAUUUGGCGAAGGAGAAGAGACACAAUCAGUAAACCUUACAAAUGGCAUAUCAAUUUGGAAGGUUUAUUUUUAUAAGUCGGUGGGACAGAAGAAUGUUAAUUUCACCUGCACAAAUGACCUAACUACUCAAAGCGUUUAUGCAACUAUUUAUGUGGAAUCAUACAGUCUAUCUGAAUUUGACUUUGAAUAUCAAACUCCAGUUCCCAUGAGCAUGGCAUUGAAACGAGUUGAGCCAACUGAGGAGUACCGUCAUUAUUACCGAUCCGUUUCCAUCCCUGUGAAUGUAACAUUUACUAUUUCUAUGAAGAAAUUUAAACGAUUUCCACCUGGUAUAAAUGUCAUUUGGAAUUUUGGAGAUGGGACGCCUGUUGAAACCUUUGUUUUAAAGUCUAAAGCAAAAGCUCACACAUUUUCCACCAAGAGAGGAACCUAUACUAUGACUAUUGAAAUAGGGUCUCAAACUAAUUCCCAUGUAUUUUAUCGCAGUAUCACUUUAGGGGUGAUCCAAUUUAGCUGUUAUCCUACAGCGUUUGAUCUUAGAGAUACAGAGGUUACCUUUGCGGCACAUGGGAUUCCUGGUAAUGCUUCGUACAUAUUUUAUACAGAUUCCAUCUCAACUUAUUACGUAAAAUCUUCUCAUUAUGCCAUCAACAAUUACAUGAACAUGUAUACAUACACAGUAAUGUUUCGAGAAUAUGGAUUUUACAUUCCAUCUGUCUAUGGUGGUGGAGAAAGAGUAUAUAUUGAUCAAACCUUGAUUGCAGAUUAUAAGUUAGAAGAUGGUUUAUAUCUUGACGUUUAUCCAGAUCGGAUUCCCCUUCCACCCGGAGACAUUACAAUUAGAGUUCACACCUCGUCCAGUGAACCUAGACCAUACAUAACAUGUAGCAUGAAGUCGGGAGACUCAGUUGAUCGCCACAGUGUUUUCUACAAAAAACAGAAUAUAACAAAUACACAGCCGAUCGUCUUUGAGUAUACCUACACAAGUCUUGGAGUGCAUACUAUUAGUAUUUAUUGUUCGAAUUACAUUGCAGGCAAAACUAUGACAAAGGAAGUGACAAUUACGAAUGGCUGUUUUGAAUCAAAGGGGAUAUACGAUCGCCAAUACUCGGUACCAACGGAAGCAAUGAAAGUCUAUAAAUCUAGCGAUUUGUACAUUAGAAACAGAAUGCUUAUUUACUGCGAGAAUGAAAACCCCAAUUUCCAGUGGUAUAUAUAUGGGGCAAACAGCAGUGGAAAAACAAAUACAUUGUACCCAUAUGAAAAUCCUGUGAGAGACGAAAAGGGUACACUUUUCAUUAAAAGAAAUGCAUUGCCAGAGGGAAAAUUUUAUCUUAUGCUUAAUAUUUCCCUCAGCAACACCUGGAUAUCUGAAUACAGCUACAUUCAGUUCCUCAGUUCUUCCCCUUUUUCAUACAUCAGUGGUGGUGAUUAUGUCAUAAGAUCAGACAAUCAUCUGUUUGAUGCAUUGAGUGAAUCUCGAACUGCGAAUGGAGAUUUAGGAGAAAAUGAAAACUUGACUUUUUCAUGGACCUGUAAAAGAUCCCCUCGAGUGGAUCUAAGAGGACCAAAAUUACUACUCAGGAACACAUCAUCAGGAACUUGUUCUGUAAAAGAGGUGUCGCGUGGUGUUUGUCAGCUAACAUCUUCAAUAUCAGAAUUAUUUGACUAUGCCCUUACGGUUACUGUGAAGGAGGGAUCCUUUCAAAAGAGAUUCACACAGAUUGCAAGAAUCAAGGAAGGGGGAUCAACUGAUCUACAGAUUAACUGCAGCUUGAACUGUAACGACAAAGUUGCCGUAUCAUCUAAAUUGGCUUUGAUAGCUUGGUGCGCCUCCUGUAAACCAGAACAUGAGGUUCAAUAUGUGUGGACACUGUGGAAAGACGAAAGUGGAUCGGGGUUGUUCCAGCCGGUACAGAAUUUGUCUGUAAUCACCAGGAACGAUACUGGUAAGGAAAGUUUUGUCUUACCAAAGUUCUUUUUAACACCUGGAAUUACCUAUCUGGUGACUUUAUAUAUGACGGUGGUCAACGAAACAGAGAUAAGUGGGGAUGUAUACAGGAAGUUACUAACUAACGCGCCACCAACUGGUGGCUCCUGUUCUAUUCAACAGAAAACAGACUCACUGGUCGUUCUUCUAAGCGUGCAGUGCUCAAAUUGGAUCGAUACAGACGGGGAUAAAAACGUGUUCACAUACCUUUACGAAACAGUUACAAAAAGAAACUUUACACACGGAGAGGAAAACGUAGUCAAUUUUCUCUACCAAGGAAGCGAGAGUAGCGUCUUAGAUGUUCCCAUACAGCCGGGAGAUCCUGUUUUUAAUCACAUAGUGACCGUCCGAGUUCGGAUUUUUGACAUUUAUGAGGAUUAUGGAAUAUAUUCUUCAAACAUAACAGUACUUACUUCAUUACAUGAUGCUUCAACAAUCGAAUUGUCAUUUCAAAACUUUGAUUCAAAGUUCAACAAUUACAAUUUGUCAGGGAACGACAUUAAAACUUUGAGUUUGUUAGGAGCUGUUGGAUCCAGUUUCAAGCAAUUUCCUUUUACUGAUACUACAACAACUGAGGAAGAGGUGAGAGGAGGUGUAGAGUCCAUCAAAAUCGACACGUCUGGAGGGGGAACUGCAUUCUUUGUCUAUCAACAGAAAAUUGUGAAACUUCUUCAUUUAGUCAAAAGUGUUGUUACCCCUGGUUGCGCAAAUUCCACCGACAGAUUUAAAUUAGCAGACAUGCAACAAAUUUUUAGCACCCUGGAUGCUCUGACCCGCUACCUACCUUACUUGUCUUUUGAGGCAGUGAACAUAACGGUAGACAUUGUUGACACUAUAAUUGACUGUUUGGAAUAUGGCAGCAGGAGAACUCCUCUCUCUGCAGGCACAGUUGAAAGUUUAACAGACAUUGCUAAUGUUUAUCAUCGGGUAUUGGACAAUGUCUUAAACAAGAUGCUACCUGAAAGAUUGCAAAACUUGGAUGUGGAACUUUCAGAAGAUGAUAUUAAAUCAGAAAUUAUGUUGAACAUCAACUUUUUUCUGCAAGAAACCAGCCUCUUAAAUAAAGAUCAAGGAAACGUUACUCUAGACCAUGACAGUGUAAAUAAACAAGCCAAUUUGAUUUAUCGAAUACGAGCACAUGAGCGACAAUCUCAGCUUCAGCAGAGAAAUAUAGCAAGGAAAUAUAUCCCUAUGAUUAAAAAAAUCCAGUCUGUCUUUCUAAAUGUAAUGCAAAAAACUAUUGUUUUGGACGAGCGACUGCACUUCAGUGGUAUCCAUGUUCUAGAAAUAGUGAUGAGAAAGAUAGCCAUCAACAAUCUUGAAAAUGCCUCGGAUGAGUUUUUUGCAGAUGUUCAUGAAGUGAAUGGAUCAGCCAACCAUGUCCCCUACCUUGAAUUAUCGGUAACUAACUUCUUAAGGAAUCCGUACAUCUAUGGAGAAAACGCAUCCAAGGCAAUCUCUUCAGUUCCAGUUAUGGGUAUACCCCAAAAUAUAUCUGUGGACUCCAAUAUUCAGAAUAAAGGAAAAAUGGAAUUUAAGAGAUAUAUUCCUCUCAUCAAUCCACAAUAUCCAGAACCAAUGAUUUAUUUUUCUUUUGACAUACGAAAUGGAGGAGAUGCAGGACUUAUUUACGUAAAACCUGAUGAUUUUGACUUUCUAAGCCAUCAGAAGGUGCCAUUAUAUUCGUUUUAUUUUAGUACAGCUACUUUUCCAACAUCCAGUGUGUUUGAUUACAAGAAGGUCCUGAGUGUCAGAGAUUGGACAAAAUAUGGAUUUAAAGUGUUCUUUCCUGGAGGUAUAUGUGGAAAAGGACUUUGUUAUUUAGGCAUUAAACCUCUCACAGGUAAACAUUUGUGAAUAAAACGAAAAAGACGAGCAGCAGAACCUUUAACAACUGUCGGUCCACCAGAGAACACAACCUUAAUUGUUAACGCUUCGGAUUUUGUUCCAAUUGAGGCAAACUUUAGCAUGAUAUUUACAACUACAGGAUGUAGAACCUGGGAAAAUGAAAACAACUCGUGGACAAUGGAAGGGUGUCAGGUGCUGCCGAUGAGUGAUUUAAACAAUACGGUCUGUCGGUGUGUUGGAGAUACCUUCUCAACCUCAUUCUAUGUACCACCUAACGUGAUCAAUUUUCUGACAGUUUGGGGUAAAUUCGACGCCUCCAACGCUGCAGUGUAUGGUACCCUGGCUGUUGUGUUCGUUAUUUAUAUAAUAUUGGUGAUUGUGCUUCGAAGACAGGACAAAAAGGAUCUAAAAAAGUGGGAGGUAACCUUUCUCUGUGACCACAACACAACACAUACCUACUUUUAUUUGAUAAGUGUGAUCACUGGAUUCCGGAAAGGAGCGGGAACCAAAUCUAACGUAUAUUUUAUACUUAGUGGUGAUGAGAAUGAUUCAGGAAUUCGUGCCCUACAUGACGGGAUUAAAGAGGGAUUUUCAACAUCAAGUGUCAACAUGUUUUUCUUUGGAACCAAUGAACCCCUAGGAGAUUUAAAAUAUAUUCGUGUAUGGCAUGACAAUUCCGGACCACCUGGCUUCAAAAGUUGGUUUUUAAGCAAGAUCAUUGUUGAUGACUUAGAACAGAAAGAAAGAUAUACGUUUCAUUGCAACAAGUGGUUAGGUAUUGAUGAUGAAGAUUGUACGCUGGAUCGAAUAAUCCCAGUAUCAACGCCAAACACAGUUUCUUUUAACGAUCGUCUUUCUGUCGAAGCUCAAACCCAAAUGCCCGAAUAUCAUUUAUGGCUUUCUCUGCUCUUUCGUCCACAGCCAGGCAAAUUUACACGUGUUCAAAGGCUUUCAUGCUUACUGGCACUACUCUGUCUUACUAUGAUAUCAAAUGCCAUGUUCUUUCAAUCGUCUGAUGAAAAUCAAAAUGUUAAGGAAGUGAAUUUAGGAAUAUUUAGACUAUCAUUUGGAACAUUCUAUGUAUCAUGCAUUGGAAUGAUAAUCUCAACUCCACCUGUUACUUUUGCAGCCUUUGUAUUUAGAAACAUUAGAAACCCUAAAUCAUCCGAAUACAGGAUCCCAAAUUCAAAAGGGAACAGUUGUUAUCAAUCCCGCAAUGAAACAUACCAAUCCUUUUCUAAAAUUGAUGGUGGAGUAUUCACUCCAAACCAAGGCACAUUGCCACGUUGGGUGUUUUAUAUAGCAUGGGUCAGUGUUGCUUUGGCUAUUCUUUCAUCAAGCUUUUUUCUCAUUCUAUACAGCAUGGAGUGGGGUAAAGCUAAGUCAGAAGAAUGGAUUUCAUCACUUGCCUUUUCAUUUUUGGAAUCGUUCAUAAUUUUUGAUCCAAUGAAAGUGAUAUUUUUCGCCAUUAUUUGUUCGACCCUUUUGAAAAGUUUGAUAAUGGAAAAGCCUCCUGAAGUGAAUCUAGAGAAAUUGCGAUCGAUAUCAAAGAAUAAUUUAUGGCAAGAAACAAGAAUUUCAGACUUAGCAAACAAAGUUUUACCAAAAUGUGAUACAUUUUCAAAGGAGGAGCUCGAAGAAUUGAGAAAAAAAUUUCGCGAAGAAUCUCAAGCGAGGUCAGCACUUACCAGCCUUGUCAUGUUCAUGUUAUACGUUCUUGCAAUCUAUGGAAUCAGUUUCACACAGCGCGAUCAGCGAUCUUUAAACGUGAAGCAAAACCUUGAUAAUUAUUUACUUUCAGGAAGUCGUGGCUUCUCUGCAUUGAAAGGCAGAAAGGAUUUCAUAAGCUGGAUGAAUGACACCUUUAUUCCAACUUAUUACCCCAAUGAGAGUUAUGCAGGUAAACCUUUGACGGUUGUGGAUCGUCAGUGGUUCAAAGAUAUGGACAGUAUCCGUGUUGGACCAGCACGUCUCCGACAGGUUCGCAUGAAAACAGGCAAAUGUCCCUAUUCCUCCCUACCUUGGUCUUAUCCAUGUGUUGACGCUUACUCUGAAAAAGAUGAGGACCAAAAUUUCUAUUGUCUACGAUGGAAACCAUACAAUAACACCAUCUGUGGAAGCGAAAUUUACAAAAGUAGGUUCUACACUGCUGAGGCCUGGAAGUACACGGACGCCAGUGAAAUUUGGGGAGUGUCCAGGAUGGGAGAGUAUAAAACAUAUAGUGGAGGGGGGUAUAUUCUAAAAUUUGUGAAAGACAGAGUAAAUGCUCACUUAUUACUCAGGGAACUUAUCGAAAAUAAUUGGAUUGAUAGAAAGACACGUGCAAUAUUUGUUGAGUUUACGAUAUACAAUUCAAAUGUCAAUCUCUUUGCAUAUGCCAUGUAUUUAGUGGAGUUUUCUGAAGUAGGCAGUGCAUUUACAUGGACUGACACGCAAGCCUUUAAACCUGUAUUAAAUUUAUCAUCUCUCGGCUUCACUCUAGUCUUGUGCUACCUGAUUUUUCUCUUCUAUUACAUUUUCUUGCUCUUCAAAAUACUUUUGCAAUGUAGGAAAGUAGGGUGUUUGCGUUUUGUCCAGGAACCAUGGAAUAUUGUGGACUGUCUGUGUACAUUCCUCGCUUAUUCUUGUUUGGUAGCGUUUAUAUUGAGGAUGAAAUACACGAAUACGGCAAUGGAUAUGUUUUAUAACGACAAAUUAACAGGUGCCAAUCGGUUCAUAAACUAUGGACACAUUGUGAUUUGGGAUAAUGCAUUCAACGUCCUUUUUGCAACGCUUCUGUUUGUAUCCACAAUACAGAUUUUGAAAAUCCUGGGAUACAACAAACGAUUCACUGAGGUUAUAUCAGUGAUAUCAAAUGUUGGAAGGGAUUUAUUGGCUUUUGGGGCACUCUUGCUGAUUUUAUUUGCUUCAUUUGUUGCUUAUGCCUAUCUUCUCUUUGGCUCAAAAUUAGAAAGCUACAAGUCUAUAUAUCGUACAUGUGGAAGUUUAGCCAACACCUUCAUUGGUAAAAAUAAGCUUGACCCCCUGAUUGUUGCAGCGCCUUUAUCAGCUCAAUUCUUUUACACAUCUUACGUUUUAUGUGUCAUUAUGUUCAUGUUGACUAUCUUCAUGGCAAUCCUGAACAGCAGUAUUUCAGCAGUGAGGGCGGAAAAUCUAGCAUCAGCUGCAAAAAUUGGAAUGUUAGACAUCGUGAAAAAAAUUGUCGGAAACAUUCUUGAAGUUUUCCUUAAACCAAAAAAGAGCAGUAGAGUUAAUCGGAAACAAGAACAGCGGACCAGUGAAGAAAUCAAUGCUGCAAAUGUGGUGGGACUUAUCCGUGACAUUGUGUAUGUAUAUGGUAAUACAGGUACUAAGCUUGUGAACAGAAAAUAUUUUGAAGAAGACGAUCAGCGCUCACUGCUGUCACCUACCAGCCGAUCCACUUCUUUCAAAAUGAAUAGAUAUAAGAAGAACGAAUAUAAUCAAAAGUAUACUAUCGAACACCUAGAAAUUGAAGAAAAGGGUGACACAAAAGAGACUUACCGUCAAAUGUCCCGAUUAUCAUACGUAUCUGCAUCAAAUGUGGACAUGUACAUACCGUUAAACGAUACAGACGAAAUUGACACUCGUAGAGAGAGAUACCAGUUUACGAUAUUUUGAGUGUGCGUGGUCGUCCAACGAAACAAAAAAUUAUUAUGCGUGCACUGAAGUUUUUGAUUUUUUUAAAUAUCGGUAUUACCUUAAAUAUUUGUCCUACGAAAUAUACAAAUAUGUGCACUGAAAGAUUGCUAUCGGAUAUCGAACGUUACAUAAUAAUAUAUUAUUGUAUUUAAAAUGAAACAAGUUUAUAUUAAGAUAAUUUUAAGCUAAGGUCUUUUUUAUACCCUCCGUUUUAAAAGCGAGGGUAUAAAGUGGUGAGGUGUCCGUCCGUCCGUCUCUAACGCUUGGGGGUACCCAUUUCUUAUUGGAAACUCUUCCUAUACCACUGAAUUUACAAUAUACUGAGACUUUCAUAGAUUCUUAAUUACAUAGUGCCAUUGUGCACCUCCUAUUUUAAUUUACAUUUUGAUGAGAUACAUAUUUGGGGUUUCUCAUAGCAAAAACAUGGACACUGUCAUUCUUUCUAUGAUAUUUGGGGUACCCAUCUCUUAUCUGCAACUCUUUUAUCACUGAGGGUGUCCGUCUGUCCAUCCAUCUGUUACGCCUCUUAUUCGCAACUCCUAUAUUACUGAAUAAAUUUUAAUGAAACUUUCACAGAAUAUAUAUUACAUAUUGUGCACCUCCUAUUUUACAUUUUGAUGAGACUAUUAUACUUUGGAUUUCUGUUAUGGACAAUACAAAUCUUUCUCAUAUAUUGGGGGUAAUCAUUUCUUAUUGGCAACUCCUCCUAUAUCACUGAACAAAUUUUCAUGAGGCUUUCACAGAAUCUUUAUUACAUAAUGCCAUUGUGCACCUUCUAUUUUAUGAGACAUAUAUUUAGAGUUUUCCAUAGCAAAACAUAUGGACACCACCAUUCUUUCUAUAAUAUUUGGGGUAACCAACUCUUAUCCGUAACUCCUACUAUACCACUGAAUAGACUUUAAUUAGACUUUCGCAGAUUUUUUUUCUACAUAGUGCUUUUGUGCAUAUCCUAUUUAUCGUUUUGAUCAGACACAUAUUUGGGCUUUCCCAUAGCGAAAAAUGAAUUUUGUCAUUAUACUCAUAUAGGAGCGGGGGUAUCAUUUUGCGAGUUUAUUGCUCGCAGUACCUCCGGUUUUCUGAGUUGUUUACAUUAAGAAUAAUUUUUUAAGAAGCAUAUUUUAUUCUUUAGGAAUAAAACUUUACAAUGAACAGAGCAGGCUUUUCGACAGAUACAAAAUUUAAUGAAACAAUUUUUAACAUGAAAACACAUGACUAUCGGCUAAAUUUGUUUUCAGUUGUUGAAAAGCAUGUUCAUUUAUUUUUCCGCUUUGUGGGAACUACUUAGCAAAAUAAAAUAUUUUACAGCCCAAAUUUAAUAAGCAAAGAUAUUCAUAGACUUUUCUAAUUUGAAAUGCUUUAAUAUUUAAUUAGACAAGACAAAGGAGACAAAUUUCUGUUGAAAUGCAUUUUUGUAUAUAUAUUUUAUGAUUAGACGUGCUCUUAACUUUAUCCGAAUUAUAUGCACUCUUCCGGAGCCAUUUAAAGUUAAUUUGAAAAUUUAAGUUUUCAUUAUUUUUAUGAUUGAGUAAGAAAAAAUGGAACACCACUUUUCUUCUUCUACUGAACUCUUUUUUUUAGGUUUGAUUUUGAUUUCAAUGUUAUGUAUAUCUUUUAUUUACUGGCGCUU